AUGCCACGCAGAGGCAAUCUGGGCGGUCACCGCGUAGUGAUCGCCUCGCUCUUUCUGCCCGACACACUUCACUUCGUCGAGCCCGAGUUCGAGUCCGCCCUCGCAGAAUCACCGCAAGAGUCGACGGCACCACCUUCACCGGACUCUUUACCCCAUGAUGCACCACUCCCACUGCAUGAGCUGUCGUCGAGACUGGCAGCAUCCAUUUCCAUGUCGGCGCAAGACCGCCAAACACGUUCCAUGCCCGUUGCCGCAAAGACGCCCAUGAAUCGUCAGUCUUCGUUGACAGAUACAAAGAUCAGCAUGAGCGAAUUGAUGUACGAAGCAGCGGCUGUGCCGAAGCUCGACAUGCGUGAAGGUCCCAUCUCAGGAGCGUCGAGUCCGCUCACACGUUCGAGACGAGGAUCCAUGUCGGAACAUCCGGCCGCUGACAUUCCUGUUGCUCCUGCAUCGGAUCAUGGCCGAGCAGCCAUGACGCCAGAUCUAAAUCCUUUGAGCGUCUUCUCUACCUCGCCUCUUCCAGGUCAAACGGCUUCCAUCACUGCUGCGCCCAAGAGUCGUCGUUCCAGCUUCAACACCAACACAAGCAGCGGUACUGCGCUUGCACCCGCCGCCAACGUUCCAGAAGGUACCGGAACCAGAACGCCAGGCGCAAGGGCUGGAGGCAAACUCGGCAUCACUACACCACUCAGCAUCAUCUCGGAUCUCGCUGCCAGACGUGGUGGACCUAUCCCAUCACUUGCAACUACCGCUGAUAGCGAACGACACCAUCCUUUCGGAUCCGGCGCUGUCACUCCAAUCGCAGGUGCGCAGACUCCUGGGAACGCAAACAGACCUCCUGGGCUCGCUCGCGCCUUCCCUUCUUCCCUCAGCAUGACCAAAGCCAACCCUUCUGGCAGCGUCUCUGCUGGUCCUGGUGCGCUCCCCACUCUCAAGAGUCUGGCUGCUGCCAAGCAAGUAAAUACAGCCUCUGGUUCCAGAACGCCUAGCGGCUCAUCAGGCUUGCAUGGCGCCAAGACUGCUAGCGCUGUCUCAAGUGGCUCCAUCAACGAUCAUGGAAGGGGCGCCGCACCUACAUCCGCGCCAAACCAAGCUCGCAAAGCUUCCAUUCCUACCGCCGAAAAGCCUUCCUCACGCGAGCUUCUCGGUCACGCACGCACACCCAGAGAACACUCCAUCUCCUCUUCACUCACCGCUUCCAUCAAAGGAAGAGCGCAUCAUCAUGGCGGUGGAGCGCAUAGCAGCGGCAACCAAGGUCCACCUGCUGCGCCUUCUUCUGUCUUUAGCCGGAACCAUAGCAUUCGUUCUGCCCCACGUCGAGGUUCAGGUCGUCGAGCAUCUUCCGCAAGCCGCUCGCAGCUUGGCAGACGUACUUCCACCGCAUCGCUUGACACGGUUAUGGACGAUGAUGCGGACGCGGCUUUGCCACCCUUCGACUUCGUCAGCAACCCCUCUGCUAAUGGUGGUCUCAUCAAUGCAGUGAGGAGCAUCGAGCGCGAACGUCUUCGUGCAGGCAAAGUUUACGUUGGUACACCAGGUCUCUCUACGGAAGGUUGGCUUGGUCCCAGUGAGAAACGCAUCCUCGAACAAAAGUACCUCAAAGAGCGAUCGUCGAUGCCCGUCUGUCUUGCAGACGAUGACUUUGACCUUAGCUACAACCGUUUCUGCAAGCAGAUCUUGUGGCCCACCUUCCACUACACUUCGCCCACUUCGAAGGGACUCGACAACGAGCACGAAGCCUUCCGUGCCUACUGGGAAGUCAAUCGCCGCUUUGCCGAUGCUAUCGAGGACAUCUAUCAGGAGGGUGACAUUGUUUGGAUCAACGACUAUCAUCUGCUCCUUGUGCCGCAGAUGGUGCGCGAGCGACUACCGCAUGCCACCAUCGGUCUCUUUGUUCACAUCGCUUUCCCGUCGUCCGAGAUCUUCCGUUGCCUCAGCAUGCGCGAGACGCUGCUCAAAGGCAUGCUUGGCGCCGACCUGAUCGGUUUCCAGACCCACAACUUCUGUCGUCACUUCCGUCAGACUGUCAGUCGCAUCCUUCAGCUCGAAGCGACGCCUAAAGGUGUCCAGCUCGAAGGUAGCUUUGUCACCGUAGCGCCCUUCCCUAUCGGUAUCGACGUGCGUAGUCUCAAUGCCAAGCGACAGGAUCCGGAAGUCAGCGAGUGGGUCGCACAGUUGCGUCAAAAGUACGCAGGCAAACGCAUCAUUGUCGGUAGGGACAAGCUCGAUUGGAUCAAGGGUGUCAGGCAAAAGCUACUCGCCUUCGAAGCAUUUUUGGACGAGAACCCGAAGUGGGCCGGCGAAGUCGUGCUCAUCCAGGUCGCUCUGGCUACCACCGAGGAGAACGAAGAGAUUGGCGAAGCAACCGACGUGGUCUCGCGCAUCAACAACAAGUACAGCUCGCUCACCUAUCAGCCCGUCGUCUUUCUGCAUGUUCAAGACAUCACGUUCAGCCAGUAUCUGGCGUUGCUGACCGUAGCCGACUGCUUCUUGGCGACGAGUCUGCGUGAAGGUAUGAACCUCACCUCGCAUGAGUUUGUCGUCUGUCAAGAAGUGAGCCAUCGUCCCUUGGUGCUGUCCGAGUUCACGGGCACAUACUCUGGCCUUCGAGCCUGCAUCGGCAUCAACCCUUGGAACACCAAGCAGGUUGCGCACGCCAUCCACAAGGCGCUCAUCAUGGACGAGUCCGAGAUGGUGCAACGCUGGACUGACUUGCACCGAGUCGUCGUCACGCAGACGGCGCAGCAGUGGAUCACGUCGUUGCUCGGUCACCUCGAGCGUGCACACAUGGAGCAAGAACGUCUCGAAAACAUGUUUGUGCCCAAACUGGAAGUGGCUCAGCUCGUAUCGGAAUGGCGAGCUGCUCAUUCACGCCUCUUGCUCAUCGAUCUCGAAGAAACCCUGGUCACUUAUGACCCACUUCUGGCUCACGAGCAAGGCGGUUUCCGUCCUCCCGAGUGGCUGUUCACGCUACUCAAUGACCUAGCCGCGGAUAACAAGAACGUAGUCUACAUUCUCAGCGGUAUGGGCACCAACGAUUUGGAUCGACUAGCUUCGCGCAUCGACAGCGUAGGCUUUGCCGCUGAGGACGGCUGCUUUGUCAAGCAUGCUGGCGAGCACCACUGGAACAGUCUCGUAGCGCCCUUUGACCUUCGUCCGGUGCGCGAUAUUCUCUCCUACUUCACCGAGCGAACGCCUGGCUCGUACAUUGAGGAGCGCAGCGCUUCCAUGUGUUGGCGUUUCUGGAACGACAAGCUGGGCGAUCGUGAUUCACACGAAGCUCAGUGGGCUCGCCGACAGUCGGCUGAGGUGGCCAACCUGAUCCACGAACGAUUCUCGCACUCUCUGCGCGUGGUGCCAUGCCGAACCAAUUGUCUCAUUCUUCCUCGUCAUGCUAGUCGAGUGGCAGCAGUGCAACACAUCAUCAUGCAGAUGAGCAUCAUCGGAUCAGUAGCAAUGAGCGGCGCCAACGCGAGCAGCCAGCCUUCGUCUGCAUCAACGCCGUCGCUCUCGGCGCAAAAGCCCAACGAUAUCACACAGCGUCUUGCAGAUCAGCCGCACCAUCCUCCAUUGGAAAGCGCAUACAAGCAGCCUUCGAACUACUGGACGAUGCCAAGCGCACACAACACGCGUGCUUCAUCGCCGGUGGUGCAUCAAUCACCCAUGCGAAGCCACGCUGGAUCGGUGUCACACCACUUGCCUCACCAUUUCCACCAGACACACACUUUCGACUUUGUUCUGGCGCUGGGUCAAGACGAGAAGCUGCUGGCCUACGUCAACACACUCGAUCUUUUCGCCCCUGUCACCUGCACUACAGUGGACUUGGAGAAGAAUCGCGGCACAGAGGCAGCCUACUUCCUGGCGCAGUCGGAAGUGCAAGAGGCGCUCGAGGAGAUGGUAGGCUUCCGUGCUCGCGAUUUGAAAUGGGCCAACCGCUGA